GAGGAAAAUUUUCCAUUUGACAGUACCCCAAUCCUAACAAGCCACCUUUCUUUAGCUUUUUUCCUUUCCUUUGUCCAACUCUUGUCCCUUUGAACUCAUCCACAUCCCAGUAGGUUAACACUUCUCUCCUUGUUCAUUCCUCAAUUCUCUUCUACAUUUCCCUUUGAUCAAAUUUCUUCUCUUCAAAGAAAACCAGACAGAGAGAAAACCACUGUUUUCCCGCUUUUUCUGUCACCGUAAUUAUCCAAAGAAUCUCUUUUCAUUCCUUUUCCUCAAUUGGGUCUUUACCUUUGUCCACCAUCUUUCAUCAUCUUGCUCUUUAUUUCAUCAUAGCUUUCAAUAGUGUUUUCUUUCACUUAAUUAUAAGCCUUGUUGUGGUAUAAAUUCUAAGUUCCCAAGCUUGGGUUGUUUACAGUUAUUCAGGAGUUCUGGUUGCUAGAUUGUUAUAUAUAUAAAUAUACAUAUAUAACUCUUCUCUAUUAAUGCUUUGUACUUAAAGAGCAAAAAAGAAGAAAAAACCAGCAGAUUUUCCUCCCUUGUUCUUUUUCGAGAUUCUCUUGAUUCUUUAAAAGAUUUAUCUUUUUAGAUUCUUCAGUUUAUGCUGUUAAGAAAAAGAUUGAUUCUUGAUUCCCAAGCAAAUGAUUCUGAUUUUAAUGCUCUUCUUAAGCAUCUAAACACUGUACUUCUGCAACCAGUCUGUCUUCCUGGGUUUCAUAUUUCUUCCAUUUCCAAUAUGAACUUUUUUUGAAAUUGAAAAAUAUUGCUUCUUUUUUUUUCCAGUAUUGUCAAGUAUGGAAACUUUGUUUGCAACUUCUUUUAUGUCGAAUUCGGAUUGGUUUGAUCAAGAGAGCAACAGCACAAGUUGGACUAAAGAAGAAAACAAAAUGUUUGAGAGUGCUUUAGCAAUAUAUGGUGAAGACGUUCCUGAUAGAUGGUUAAAAGUAGCAGAAAUGAUACCAGGAAAAACUGUUUCUGAUGUGAUUAAACAGUAUAGAGAGCUGGAAGAAGAUGUUUUCAAAAUAGAAGCAGGGCGAUUUCCUAUACCAGGGGCUAGAGGUCCUGAUCAUGAGAGGAAGAAAGGGGUGCCAUGGACAGAAGAAGAGCACAGGCGUUUUCUGAUGGGACUUCUGAAGUACGGUAAAGGGGACUGGAGAAAUAUCUCCAGAAAUUUUGUGGUUUCCAAGACUCCAACUCAAGUGGCAAGCCAUGCUCAAAAAUACUAUCAGAGGCAGCUUUCAGGAGGGAAAGACAAGAGGAGACCAAGCAUCCAUGACAUUACAACUGUCAAUCUCACCAACACCACCUUUUCGGACAAUCAUAAGCCUCCUUCAGUAAAUCAUUCCAAUGUGCUUGCAUUGCAGCAAAAGCUGGCCAGCAUGCCAAAAGUAGGCAAUAAUUGGAAUCACCCCAAUGAUGGAUCAGCCAUGGCUUUCAACUCAACUCAUGGGAACUGGUUUACAUCAUCCCAAUACCAGACUGCUUCAAAUGGCCUGAGACUUCAGGGGCAAAAUCUGUAUGGCAGUGCUUACCAUGGAGCUCAUAUCAAACCCCAAAGCUCAGUGUUCUAAACCCUCACACAGGAUAUCACAUGCAUGGAUAGGGCAGUUGUUUUCUGUUGUACUCAACAUUUCAAUUGCAAAUCUAAUAAUGUAGAGAAGGGUUUUCCAAAAUGCUCUUUUAUCAUUGUCUUGUAUGACAGAUAAAAUGGUUUUGCUUAUUACACAAUGGUGGAAUCAUAUAUUGCUUAAACACCAGUGUUCAAACCGUAAAGUCGAAAUUAAUCCCUAGAAAAAUAUCUUGGGCAACAAAUUCCUGUGCUAGAGGUAACUGCUACCUGGUUUACAUCAUGAAUGAAAAACGGCUGUUCAGAGUAUGCAUAAAAGAAAAACAUAUCAGACCCUUAUUAGUAUUGCAUUUGUUUGUCAGACAAACAUUUAUCUACAUGUUCUGGAUUUCUCCAUUAGCUUUGCUAAUUGUCCUAGCUGUUGUCAUUCUCCAUUCUGAUGCAGGCUGAGGCCUUUUUGGAUGAUUAUGACACUUUGUCCAUAGCUGAACUGAACCCUGAGAGGCCAAGACCCAAAAGACAAUGGCAUUACCGGAUGUGUACGAGGGAAAAGAUCAAUCAUUUGUUACUGAGAUAUUAAAAAAUUUUGCUGCAGUUGUCAAGGAGUGAUCUAAAGGAACCUUCUGCUACUUUUUACACCUACAAUAGUUUUCUGUAAUGGUUUUCGUACGCGCAGCCAUGUCAUUUGGUGAUGUGGCCUAAUUGGCUGACUCACUUGGCACUGCUUUGGAAAUUUCUCAGUAUCUGAUUGCUUACUUUUGCCAUAGGACCCUUUCCGCCAUUUUCACCUUUUUUGGAUCCAAUAUGGCCAAGUUGACCCGAGCUUGAUGCCAUCACUUAGUCGAAGCUGAGUAU